ACAGUAUAUAGAGUUUUUGAAAUCAAAAAUCCUAAUUAAAACACAUUUAAUACAUUAAAAUUACAUAAAGCUACCAAUUCUGGUUACACUGCUACAUUUUCAACAGUGCGCCUGUGCUUCAGAGCCUUAUCGCAUGCUGGAUGGGGUCGAGUUACUUAUAGAACUCAUGUGGGCUGGAAAUACGAGCCUUAAGACUGACACUAUCUAUCCCAUAGAUUUCACUAUCCCCUCCAGUCACUCACUGUGUGCGUACCAUGUUAACUUUCCUAUCCAUGUAUCUAUAAAUCAUGUAUGUUUCAACAAAGUUUUUGCAGGGCAACUUCUCGAAUUCCACAGAGUUCACAUAAACAUAACAUUUUAAAAAUGUUAAAUAAAAUAUCCUUACUUACGGAAGGAGCUAUACAGUCCUUCGAUGCCAACAACUGAGAGGAUUGUAUAGUUUGUUAUUAUUACUUUUUCAAUCAUAAUAAGUGUAGCUUAUAAGAUCCAACAAUUACAAAACAGUAAAAAAUGAACAGGUGUUUUUGCUCAUGCGGUGUUGCAUACUUCAGUAGCAUAACUUUUUUUUAAACAUUGAUUUCAGAGCUUUUGGUUACGACUACCCACAUCAAAAACUGAAAACAAAUAAAUAAAAAAAACAAGUUUAGCAGCUUCGACAACUUUAAUCUACUCUUAGACACUCCUCGCAUCGCAGACCGCAAGAAUGCAGAUCACUUUUGCGGUUGAAUCCCAGACUGUUCAAUAACACAGAUAUUAGACCGGAGCCCGGCUCGUUGUGUUCUCUCAUCGCCCUGCGCUGUGAUGCUGUGCAGACUGAAACAUAAGAAUACAAAAAGAAAGUCACGGGCAGAUGCUUCUUCUACUCCAGGACGAUCCGUCAGGAGUGGAAACUGUGACUGUCAAGAGUGGGGACACAACACCGACCCUGCGAGCUGGUGAGCGGUUGGUAUUAAACUAAUGCUCGGAGUUAGCCGACGUGGUCUGAGCUAAAAAGAAUGUCGGACUCUCCUGACGAAAACAACGCACCUUCACUGCAACCAGAAGAGGCAGAUGAAAACGAAACCGGCUCGGACGAGUGUCCCGUGUGCUAUGAAAGUUAUGAAGGUUCAAAGAGGACGCUCGCUUGUGGGCACGUCUUUUGCCACGACUGCCUGGUAAAGACUCUGGUCAGCCUUAACCGAGAUGGGGAUAUCGUCCGGAAGAACAUCAUCUGUCCCAUAUGCCGGCACCUGACAUACAUCAAAAAGAAGAAACCAAUUCCUCUCAGGAGCAAAAAAAUCAAGCAGACCUUGGAGGUCCCCCUCUCCGACGUGCGCCCAAUAACCUUGAGCGCGUCUUCUCCGUUUAAUUCCUUAGAGUCAUUAGAAGAAUUAGGAAGUCCAGCCCCUGCCAGACCAACACGAAGUAGGCGAAUCCUGGACUUUGUAUUCAGAAGAACUGGUACUAGUGAUUCAGACCUUACAACUGGUACUACGCUGACUAGCCAAUCUAAUCCCUCACAGAUUUUUACCAUCAGUGGCCAUGGCAGACCUAUGUCCGAAGAUGAGACGGCCAACGUCACUACUAGAACUGUCAAUUGGCAAACUCGCUGUUGCAGGUUACAAUGGAUAAUAUUGUUUUUAACUGUGAUCAUCAUCGGGGCGAUCGUGGCGGCAAUACUGCCUUGGAUCAUUCUGAAGAGAGAUGGAUAAACACGUUGCACAACGGGUUGCCUAAUCAUUCUGAAUGUGCACUAUACACGUGUCUUUAACAAACUAAAAAAUGUCUGUACUGUGCAUCGUGGAUGUUGGGCACACUUCAAUGAGUGGGUUUUUUUUUGAGACCAUACACAUGUUGAAUUCGUAAGAGAUUUACUUGAAUGGAAAGUGAUACCGCGAUUAGGAUACAUGUUGACAAGUCCGCUGUACCUCAGGGAUAUUGGCCGUGUCUCCUGAAUGGAAGUGUUGAGGUUGAGUUUGGAAAUAAAACAAAUAUAUAUAUGUUUUUAAGAAAAGACAUAAUUGUAUUUUGCGGGAAAAACAAAUACACUUAAUAGUGUAAAACUGGCAGGAUCGCCCUCAGUUGUGUCAGAAGGAGCAGUACCUUUUUGAUAGACUUAUGAUUGUAUUCCUCUUUGGAAACUACGAAUUGCACAUGGGUUAAAAUAGCAAGCCUAAGUCAAUUGCGGAUAUUUUUAUACGUUUUAUAUGGGGUUGGAAUGAUACACUGGCCCGAUUCAGAUCCGGAUUGUCUUUUUUACAGCACCAUUCCUUAUAAAAAGUACCCCAUAGUAAAAAAAAAAUAUAACACAGUGUAAUAAAUCAUAGUGAAAGCGUUGUAAAGAAUAGGUAUAGCAAACCAGGGUAAACUAUGGUAAAUGCAUAGCAUAACCAUGGGGAAAGCAUGGGAAAACUAGAAAAAUCCCAUGCAAAAAAUCCCAUGAUAAACUUUUGUAAGGGGUGCCGUUUGCUUGUCUCUUAGAGGACACAAAGAAAGAAGAGAUAUCUGGAUUGAGGUGCUGCCAUCUCGAAACUAGAGCAUUAAAGGCCAAUAAUAUGUACAUAUCAUUUAACUUAAAAAAAAAAAAAAAACUUUUUAAAAAAUGUACAUACUGUACAGAUUAUAUACACGUGAUGCCAAAUUCAAUCUGUGUGACGUCAGUUAUCCUUUGUUUUAUUGAAUUGUACAUAGAAAUAGGGUAAGCAAAAAUAUUUUAUGGAUACAGUUUUAUGUACAGUAAGGAAUAUUUUACAGUAAACUUGUUAUUUUUCAUGAAAAAAAAUGCAUGCUGAAAUGUUUCCCUGAGGAAAAUGUUUCGUGACUAUCCACUCAAGUCCCACAGAUGUGACUUGGAAUUGGUCAGACUGGAAUCCUGUUUGGAUAACCGCCUUGGCUAUCCUGUGCAGGCUAGCUACGAAUUAAUAUGAACGUGGGCAUCAUAAAAAAUGCAUUAUAUCUUAACUUUAUUCAACUGUCUAGACAUGGCUUUUUCCAAAGCUCUUUACAUAAAUGCGAUUCGUGCCUAUUAUCAAAGUAAUGUAUGUAUAUAUUUGCUGGAAAACGCUUCCCUGUAUUUAAACGAAUCUGUUGCUGUAUUGUUCUUGUAUUAGUCAACGACCUGUAUUUGAGAUACCGAUUAUAUUGGCUUUGUAUUUAUUACACUGCAGCCUUCUUUAAUUGUCUCUGUGUGGUGUACUCAUUAUGGGUUAGGUACGUUUCUGGUGCACAUACUUGACUAAAAGUCGUGAAGAUCAAGACCUAAAAAGCCCUUUCCACUACUUAACAUACACGGUUCUGAUUUGGGGUUCCACAUUUACAUUUUAAAACCGGCUUAGACACUUGCAUAGAUGAACUUGUGAAUACAGAGUAAAAAACACUAUUGAAUUAAUUGAGAAAGACUUCCAGAGAGCAGUGUUUACUACUUAUUAUAAAUGAAUAGUCUGCUUUAAAAAUACAGGCGUCUCUUGUACAUUUUGUCAGCAUACAAACAUCUCUGUGUUGCUUCGUGGAGCUGAAAUUGACCUUACCAAGCGUAGUCAUACCCUCCUGCUGCUGCAGGAAGUUUUCAGAGGUCAAACAAAUCUGUCAAUAACUGAUUAUAGAUGAAGGCUAAUGUAAGAAUGUACUAGCAAGCACAGUUAUUAUUAUAUAAAUUCCCCAUAUAAAAAGAAUGUAUAAGCUUCACCUUUAAAUGCUUCUGUUACACACUGUAUAAUAACCGUGUCUGUAGAGUGCUUAGACUGCAUUGUGCUAUAGUUUGAAAGCAGACAUAUUUACUGGAUUUACCUGGAUUUACCUGUUCUUUUGGUAACCGGGUGAUGUUUCCGUGAGGAAUCUAGUGAGCUUGUUCACUCCCAGCACGUACACA